AUGGAUAUCAUCCUCGAAUUAUGGGACACCUUUGUUGGUGAUCGUCUCUACUCGUCUCUCCUUCCCGCUUCGCUCUCCGCGUCCGCCUCUUUUCCGGCCUUUGUGAACGCCGCCAACAGCUCUCUGGCUCUCUUCGGUGCCGAUAAGCCCUUCGUAUAUGAGCCCGCCACUCAGUUGAUUCACCUGGAACCUUCUCAAUAUGCCUACCUCAGCGCCUGGCCGAGAAACAACAUAUACCGGCAGUUCACGAGCUUUUUCCUGAUCACCUGGAUCUUCGGUCUGCUCGUCUACUUUGUGGUGGCCACUCUUUCGUACAUCUUCAUCUGGGAUAAGACUACCUACAACCACCCCAAGUUCCUUAAGAACCAGAUCUCCAUGGAAAUGAGGCAAGCCAUGGGCGCCAUGCCCCCAAUGGCUUUGCUGACCGCACCUUUCUUUGUCCUGGAAGUUAGAGGCUACGCCAAACUCUACGAUUCCGUCUCCGAGGAGCCUUUCCCUUACUAUAGCAUCCUCCAGUUCCCGAUCUUCAUCUUCUUCACCGAUUUCUUCAUCUACUGGAUUCACCGUGGAUUGCACCAUCCCCGUGUCUACAAAACUCUGCACAAGCCUCAUCACAAGUGGAUUAUGCCAAGUCCCUUCGCCUCGCACGCCUUUCACCCCUUGGAUGGCUGGUCUCAGAGUGUGCCCUAUCACGUUUUCCCCUUCAUCUUCCCUCUGCAGAAGCUAGCUUACGUCUUCUUAUUCGGCUUCAUCAACCUCUGGACCGUCUUCAUCCACGAUGGCGAGUAUGUGGCCAACAGCCCGGUCGUCAACGGUGCUGCUUGCCACACCAUGCACCAUCUGUACUUCAAUUAUAACUAUGGGCAGUUCACCACACUGUGGGACCGCAUGGGUGGCAGCUACCGCAAGCCCAAUGAAGAGCUCUUCCGUCGCGAAACAAAGAUGGGCGAGAAGGAGUGGUCUCGUCAGGCCAAGGAGAUGGAGGCCAUCCUCAAAACUGUUGAGGGUGACGAUGACCGCAGCUAUUCGACUCCACCGGAGAAGAAGAAUUCAUGA